CCGAACUCUGCUAUAGUACUAUUUUCUCGUAAUCGUCGUUCGAAUAAAUGACACGCAAUAGCGAGGAACCAAUAAAAAACGACGCGCAAAUACAUGAGUUUUUAUAAAUCAAGUGCACAACAUACAAACGUAGUAGUCGUGUAAUUUGAUUCUUGCAAAUUUUGCUAUUUGCACCAUCGUUUCUUGGCGAUAUAAGGCAAAAAAUAUGUUGUUUUGAGAUUGCACUGGCAUGACGACGGCGUGAUUCCCAUGCCCUGCGUUCCUAGUUCCUACGGAAGGGCGUGCAGAUUACGUUUACUAUGAAUGAUUUUAUCUCUUUCUAAACUUAAGUGUCUGUGAAUGACCGAGUGUAUCAGCGAGCGUACCGAAUUAUGGAUUGAAAAGUGUUUUGUUGUUGAUAUAUCUUGAUAUUUCCAACGCGACGCAAGUGUUGUUAUCUCGUACGGGAAUCGUAGUGGCGCGGCAGAGAGUUAAAGUGUUAGCGGUCAUAUGGCGCCCGACGGACUACGCCGGACGCAAAUUUGCUACGCCAUUCGAUUAAUUACCGAGCGCAUUACUAUUUACGCGCUAUUGAAAAGAGAUAGUACGUAUUUUUAGUCGCUUCGACGGUUAGGACUAGAAUUCCGUGUAACUUUCGUCACGUAAACAACUUCAAGGUUAAGCGCUCGUCGUGUGUCUGCGGGCUAGGGGCUGGGAUGCUGGCACGCUGACAUGGCUGCGAUAUCGGGCGGCGCCAUAGUGCGCCAGGGCCACCUCCGAAAAUUGAAGACCAUGAAGAAAAAGUACUUCGUUUUGCGCGCCGAAACCAACGAGUGUCCGGCACGCCUGGAGUACUACGAGUCGGAGAAAAAAUUCCGCGCGGGGGCCGCUCCGCGCAGGUUCCUGCCGCUGAAGAGUUGCUACAACAUAACGAGGAGACUGGAUCUGAAGCAGAAGCAUGUGAUCGCCUUGUUCACGCGGGAGGAGCAGCUAUGUAUAGUGGCGGAGAACGAGCAAGAGCUACACGCGUGGUUGACGGCCAUCCUGAAGCUGCACCACUCGGACGACGCCAGCGACGAGCUGCUGCACCCCAUACAACACGUGUGGCAAGUGAACGUGCAGAAGAAGGGCUUGGGUGCUUCGAAGAGCAUCCAGGGGCUGUACAACCUUUGCCUCACAGACAAGACUCUCACCCUCGUCAAGAUAAAGAGUCACAAUAACAUUAUCAGCGACCUCGGCAUACCAGAGCGAGUUGAGUACUCCCUCAAGAACAUCAGAAGAUGCGGGGAUUCUGAGUGCUUCUUCUACAUGGAAGUGGGGCGGCAGACUGCGACAGGAGCCGGCGAGCUAUGGAUGCAUUCGGAGGACUCUAACAUAGCGCAGAGCAUGCACUCUACGAUAUACCACGCGAUGAGGAACUGUGCGAAGGAGACAGAGAACGAGAAGGAUCACAUAAUCCUGAGCAAGAAUUCUCUGCUGGAGGGCACCAACCCCCUGCCCGCGCGCCGCCAGACGUACUCCGACGGCAGGGGGCGCGCCGGACUCUACAAUGAAAAGGGCCUGUGCGUUGGCUCGUGUAUAAGACAGUGCGUGUGUUCCAACACCUACUCCAUAGACGACUCGGCCGCAGCACUCGCGCCUUUGACGACAAAUGCCGACAAUCAGCUGGCGAAUAACCCACUAAUCGACAGGCCCGACAACCCGGGCCGGCUGCUAAAGCACCAUAGGACCGAGUCCCUCCCCACCGGGUAUCCGCUAUUCCAAGAGCCGGGCCGGAUAGGGCACGGCCGGACGUACUCGGCGCCCCUCACCGGCGACGAGGUCUCCCGCGCCAUCGUCGACAAGGCGAUACACUCCUCCUGCAAGACCGUCAACGGCACGGAUUCGUUCACGCCGAAGAAACAGUUCUGUCGCAGGGCCAGCACGGGGACCAGGACUUGGAAAACGCAGCCCGGCCCCGGCAAGAAUGCGAGUACGCUGCGUAACCGCUGCGACAGUAUGCCGUCACGUGCGUGUUCCUCGUUUGAGAGCGAGCGACCGCAGCCGCGACACGACCCGCACGACGGGCUGGACUCCUCGCGGGACGACAUCGACUGCGUGGAGUGGUGCCGCACUCCUCGCAUACCUGAGGAGCCAGACUGUGUCGACGUCUCCAAAGACUUUAUCAACCUAGCGCGGCGCGGCGCCUCCGUGCAGCACUCGCGCACGUCCUCACUGGGGGCUUCCUCGGGCUCCGUGGACGAGGGCUACCUGGCCAUGGGGCCGCCGCCGGAGCCCUGCGGAGCCGCCCCGCCGCCCCCGACCGCCUCGCUCUCCAGCGGCUCCGUCUGCUCCGGCACGCCUUCCACAGACCCCAGGUUUAGCGAGUACCAGCUGGAGCCGGCCAUGUCGCACAUCGCCGAGGAGAGGUCCGCGCGCGCCUACAGCGUGGGCUCCCGGCCCGGCGGACCUCGCGCCGAGCCCGCCCGCCUGCGCGCCUACAGCGCCGGCGCCCGCCGCCGCCCCGCGCCCCGCCCCAGCCAGGGCGACUUCCUAGAGCUCGACUUCUCCAACAACUCGCCCCCGCCCAAGGUGAUAGUUCCUCGGACUCCGCCCACUAUCGGCUUCUUCGAAUCGAAUAAGAAUACGGACGAGUACGUGGACAUGUUGCCGCGCAACUCCGGUUACGUGGAGAUGAAGCCCGGCGAGCCCCCCGCGCCCGGCGCGACCCCCGCGACCGCCGCCGCCAUACCCGACGGCUACGUCGAGAUGACGUGCGGCCGCCCCGCCCACACCGCGCCCGCAGCGGAGCCGCCGGACACGCCCCCGCAGCCCGUCACGCCCCACAGCACGCCCCACAGCACGCCCCACGCCACGCCCCACAGCACGCCCCACGCCGCACAGGCGCAGCAGAGCUCGCAGAACUCGCACCACCUGUCCACGGUGCGGGAGAUAUCUGAGGACGGGCGACGCAGCCCCGACUCCUCGCAGUACGUCACCUUGGCGCAGUCACCCUCGCCAGAACUCAACGAUGAUAUUAAAUCGAAAGCGAUGGACACGACUGAUAAUAAAAAUUGUGAGGCGAGCCCAGUGGUGGGCAGUCCCGGCGGAGUGCUGCACUACGCCGCGCUCGACCUGGAGCCCCGGCGUGCGCCCGCCGCAGUCCCGCCUCGCCUCUACACUCAGAUAGACUUCCUGCGCAGCGAGCAGCUGCACCCGCACGCCACGUAGCCGCGCCCACGCCCACGCCCACGUCCACGUCGCCCACACCGCCCGCGCCCACGCCGCACGCACGCGACCCCAUGCGACUGUUUGAAGUGAGAUAAGCUAGUGAGAUUGAACUGCGCCCGACCUACAUAUACAGUGUGGUGGAGGGUCAACUUUAGCCGGCUGCUGGUACAUACCGGAGCGCGUUGUGAAGCUGGAGUCCGAACUGCGAUCUUUGUGAUGACGUAUGUUGAACGGAAACAUGUUUUUUUUUUUAACAAUAACAUUGUGUUGACACAUUAAGUACGUUUUUUCUAUGGUUUUUUCAAGAGAUAUGUACUUUAUUGUUGCUAUAUUUUAAUUAUUCUUUUGACAGAAGUGAUGAAAAAUGUUUAUGUAUUUAGAUGUGCACUUUAAUUCGCAAAGUUUAUGAUUUAUUUCCUAGUUGCCCAACAACGAACUCUACAAAGUCCACACGACAUAAUUUCUCGUCUUUCUGUAUUAUUUAAUAUUGAAAAAUUGAAGUCGAAUUUGCGAAUCUAUCAAUUUACAUUUUUUAU